AUGCGCCCCUCCGCGGCUUGGCUGCUGCUCCUCGCCCUGCCCGCCUGCCUGGCUGCGCCCUCCCGGCCUGUCUACACCAACCACUGGGCAGUGCAGGUGCUGGGCGGGCCGGGCGAGGCAGCCAGGCUGGCCUCCGCCUACGGCUACGUGAACCUGGGACAGAUUGGGAACUUGGAGAACUAUUACCACUUUCACCACAGCAGGACGAUAAGGCGCUCGACGCUCAGCAGUCGAGGCCGGCACAACUUCCUCCGGAUGGAUCCCAAGGUGAAGUGGCUACAGCAACAGGAAGUGAAACGACGAGUUAAGAGACAUGUCCGGGGUGACCCUCAUUUGAUUCACUUCAAUGACCCAAUGUGGUCUAAAAUGUGGUAUAUGCACUGUGGAGAUAAAAACAAUCACUGCAGGUCAGAAAUGAAUAUUCCAGCAGCCUGGCAGAGAGGAUAUACUGGCAAAAAUGUGGUGGUGACCAUUCUUGAUGAUGGCAUAGAGACAAGUCAUCCCGAUCUCGUACAAAACUAUGAUCCUCAGGCAAGCUAUGAUGUCAAUGACAAUGACUGUGAUCCAAGUCCACGCUAUGACGCCAGCAACGAGAAUAAACAUGGCACCCGCUGUGCUGGACAAGUUGCAGCUAAAGCAAACAACUCUAAUUGUAUCGUGGGCAUCGCGUAUAAUGCAAGAAUAGGAGGCGUUCGUAUGUUAGAUGGAGAUGUAACAGAUGUUGUUGAAGCAAAGUCGCUUGGCAUCAGACCCGAUUACAUUGACAUUUACAGCGCAAGCUGGGGGCCAGAUGAUGAUGGGAAGACAGUUGAUGGACCUGGUGAAUUGGCCAAACAGGCUUUUGAGUAUGGCAUUAAAAAGGGUCGUAAGGGUUUGGGCUCCAUUUUUGUCUGGGCCUCAGGAAAUGGUGGCAGAGAAGGCGAUUACUGCUCUUGUGAUGGCUACACCAACAGCAUCUACACCAUCUCCAUCAGCAGCAGCACGGACAGUGGGCUCAAGCCGUGGUAUCUAGAGGAAUGCGCAUCUACUCUCGCCACAACCUACAGCAGCGGGGCAUUUUAUGAACAAAAAAUUGUUACCACAGAUUUAAGACACGGUUGCACAGAAGGCCAUACUGGAACCUCCGUGUCUGCACCCAUCGUCACAGGCAUCAUCGCUUUGGCUUUAGAAGCAAACCCCUCACUGACCUGGAGAGAUGUUCAGCAUCUGAUUGUUAAAACAUCCAGGCCACUACAUCUGAAAGCAAAUGACUGGAAAACAAAUGGAGCAGGACGCAAAGUUAGCCAUCUAUAUGGAUAUGGUCUGGUUAAUGCAGAAGCUAUUGUAAUGGAAGCUAAGAAAUGGAAAAAAGCACCCACCCAGCACGUCUGCAUUGGAAGCUCAGAUAGGACACCCAGGGACAUCCAUGCCGACCAGACGGUGCGCACAACCACCGUGACCAACGCCUGCGCCAACCACUACGACCAGCGCGUGGUGUACCUGGAGCACGUCAUAGUGCGAGUCAGCAUUGAGCACCCUCGGCGUGGAGACUUGCAGAUUAACUUAACUUCUCCUUCAGGGACAGAGUCUCAGCUCUUGGCAAGAAGAGUGUUUGAUAUCUCCAACGAAGGAUUUAAAAACUGGGAAUUCAUGACUGUCCACUGCUGGGGGGAGAAGGCAGAAGGGGAAUGGACUCUGAAGAUCCAUGACACACCAUCCCACAUGCGCAACCCAGAGAGGCGAGGGAAGUUAAAGGAAUGGAGUCUCAUUUUAUAUGGAACAGCCGAACACCCUUACAACGCAACCAGUUCCCAUCACUCCCAGUCGAGGAUGCUGGAGAUUUCAACACCGAAAUUGGAGCCCUCUAAAGCAGCAGUUUUCCAGAGUCAGAUGGAGGUGGUGGAAGAGGAGGAAGAAUACACGGGUCCAUGUCAUCCUGAAUGUGGCAACAAAGGCUGCGAUGGUCCUAAUGCAGAUCAGUGCUUGAAUUGCAUCCAUUACAGUCUUGGAAUUGUUAAAGCUGGCAGGGUGUGUGUGAGCUCGUGCCCUUCAGGGUAUUUUGGGGACAACGCAAGUAGGAGAUGCCGACGAUGCCAGAAGGGGUGCGAAACCUGCACGGGCAGGGGCCGAAACCAGUGUACAUCUUGCCGACGCGGUUUCUAUCACCACCAGGAAACAAAUGCAUGUGUGGUGUUCUGUCCAGCUGGGUUUUACGCCGAUGAAAGUCAAAAACUCUGUCUGGAAUGUCAUCAAAGCUGUAAAAAAUGUGCUAGUGAUCCAGAGAAACGUAUUCGAUGCAAGGAUGGAUUCAGCCCGUUAGGAGCAGGCUGUCUCCCGGAAUGCCAGCCAGGCAUGUAUUUCAGCAAAGAGACCCAGAAAUGCGAGAGGUGCCACACGAGCUGCCAGACAUGUGUCGGGCCAGGCAAAGAGGCAUGCAUACAAUGUGCCAAAGAUUUCCACCUGCACGAGUGGCGCUGUGUCCCUGCUUGCAGCCAGGGGUUUUACCCUGAGGCGGUGCCAGGUCUACCUUAUAAAGUCUGCACAAGAUGUGAUGACAGCUGCUCAGCCUGUGAAGGCUCCAGGGAUAACUGCGUCAAGUGUAAGGAAGGUUUCAAUCUGCGCAUCGGCUCAUGCAUCACAAAUGUAACCUGCAUGGAUGAUUCUCCUAUUCCUGAACGCAGCCCCUCAGCUUUCAAGACUCUCUGUGAGAUUGUGAAAUCAAAAAAGCUCUGUGAAAUGAAGCUAUUCGUACAGUUGUGCUGUCAGACAUGUCUCAUGGCUGGAUAA